UGCCAGGCAGGCUGUAAUGCAGCGGUCUGUCACUGGCUCCAUAUUACCUGGCCAGGACACAAUCCCACUGUAUACCGCGUCAAAGGAGGAGAAUAAUGGCUGCCGAGGAGGACCAAGAUCUCAUACCGGAUUCUGGGGCUUUAUUUACAUUUGGAAAGAGCAAAUUUGCAGAUAACGCUCCAAGCACAUUUUUGUUAAAAAAUGAUAACCCUGCAUAUAUUGCUUGUGGAGAUGAACAUACAGCAUUGGUAACAGGAAACGGAAAACUCUAUGUCUUUGGCAGCAAUGAAUGGGGACAGCUGGGUUUAGGAUCUGUAAAUACAAUCAACAAACCAACAUGUGUCAAAGCUCUGAAAACCGAAAAAGUGGAAUUUGCUGCUUGCGGAAGACAUCACACAUUGGUAUCUACAGACCAAGGAAGGGUUUUUUCAUCUGGCGGCAACAGUGAAGGACAGCUGGGGCUUGGUGACCUAAUACAACGGACAAGCUUCCAUGAAAUCUUGUUUUUUGAUGCUCGGUACAAAAUCAAACAGCUGUCAGCCGGAUCGAAUACAUCAGCAGCUCUAACUGUUGAUGGCAAGCUUUUCAUAUGGGGUGACAACUCAGAAGGUCAGCUAGGAUUGGGUGAUCAGAGUUCCAUGUUCAUCCCUCACCAGGUGGAUAUUGUGAAGCCAGUCUCAUGGAUCUCUUGUGGCUACUACCACUCUGCCUUUGUAACAAAGAAUGGUGAGCUAUACACAUUUGGAGAACCUGAAAAUGGGAAACUUGGAUUAACAACCGAGAAGCUAAAAAAACACAAAGUACCUCAGAGAGUUUCUGGAAUUUCUGGAAAGGUGCAAAUGGUAUCAUGUGGUGGAGGACACACAGUAGCAGUGACAGAUAAGGACGUAUACACUUUCGGCCUUGGUCAGUUUGGCCAGUUGGGACAUGGCACUCAUAUUUUUGAAGCUCAGUUGCCCAAAGUAGUGGUUGAUUUAAAGACUUGUCAGAUUCGCUAUGUUGCUUGUGGGGAAAAUCACACGGCUGUGAUUACAGACAGGGGCCUUCUCUAUACGUUUGGUGAUGGACGUCAUGGCAAACUAGGAUUAGGGGAAGAGAAUUUCACCAAUCAAUUUGUGCCUAAAUUGUGCUAUAACUUUUUGAAUUAUCAAGUCCAGUCGGUGGCAUGUGGUGGUUGCCAUAUGAUCGUUUUUGCGACUCCAAGGUCUAAAGAAUCUAUAGAUGAGCUUAAGAAAAAAUAUUUAACUGUUCAUUCCAUAAAUCAGGAUUCUGAAAUGUCCUCAUUACUGCAAAGAACAUAUUCUGCACGCUUUAGACGGAGAGAGAAAGAAAUAUCACAUGAACAAAACCGUCCCCUGAGUCGUACAUUGCCACCAUUGAGUAAAAGCAAUAUUAAAUCUACCAUGCCUGUUACGAGUAAUACCAUUCCUCCAAAGCUGCUUAAAGUGAGGCAGCAACAUUCUGAAUCUUUGAAUACACGUGAACCCUAUGAAUCAGCAAUGGACUCUAUGCCAAGUAAAGAAAGACACACAAAUGAUUUGGUGAAAAGUUUCUCAGCCGCGGACAGCUCUGAUUCUGAAAGCCAGCGCCAAAGUUAUGGGGAAGCCACAGAUGUCCUGAACAUGACACAUGUAAUGAGCAUGAAUCCUGAUGACCAAAGGAUAAGUUUUACCCCGGUUCAAAAACGAAAAAAGAACGUAAAAAAUGUGGAGUUGAAAUAUGAUGGUAAGGUGGAGAAGGAACAAACAAAAGGACAUGACAUGCACCCACUUUUAUCCUUGUCAGUAGACGAUAAGUCAUUUAGUUCUGACAGGGACAGUUCCUCUUCUGAAUCAAAUGCAGGUGUGACUGUUGACCAAGCAGAGACUAUUAAAAAUUCUAUGAAGUAUAAGUUCCAGAAAGCAUCAGAAAAUGGCAAAAUAAAGUUUGUGGUUAGUCAAGGCCAGUCAAAUGCAAUACAGGCAGACAUGGAAUUAAAAGUCACGGGAAAACAUAAGUCCAAAAGAGUUAAAACACAAAAGAUUACAUCUCGUGCAUAUUCUGCUACAGCUAGUGAGUCAGAUAGCCCUACAGCCAGUCAGAAUGCUAGGCAUAAUAAAGUCCCACAACAAAUCUGUGUCAAAAGUCAUGAAGGUAGCAAUCUAGAAAAAGAGAUGAAUAUAAAUUUCAAGCCGAGGUUUGUUAGUGAGGAUACAAGUACUUUAUCAUCAAGCAGUGACUCUGGGAAUCUAAAACGACAAUCUAGAAAGAAAAUGAUAUAUGGAACAUGUAUUUAUAGCAAGCAGAAUCAUUCAAUCAGUGAACAAGAACAAUCCUCAAGUCAGGAGAAAAAAUCAGAAUGUGCAGGAAAUUCUACUAUUAUAAAAGUAAAGUCUCAGAGUGCCAGUGAUGACGAAACCUCAGGAAGCAUGGAAGAGUCCUCUGAAGAAGAAACAAGAUCCAGGAAAUAUAAGAAACUUGGGAAGGGGAAACAAAAUGAAACUGAUAGUACAAGUAAAUAUCAUUAUAAACAAGAUAUUGUGGUAGAAAAAGUAAAUGAGAAAGUGAACCGUAAAUGUAAAACGGAAACUAGAGAAAGAUCUGUUCAAAAUAAUGCAUGGGAAGAAGCUGGUGAGGAGGCGACAAGUGAACAAGGAAAGAGUAAGGAAGAGGAACAAGAAGGAGAAGAAGAAAAGGAGAGGGAAGAAGAUGCGGAGGAGCAACAUGAUGAAGAGGAGGAAGAGGGUGAGGAAGAAGGGGAAGAAGGGGAGGAGGAGGAAGAGGGUGAGGAGGAGGAGGAAGAAGGGGAAGGGGCGCAGGAGGAAGAGGGGGAGGAAGAAGGGGGGGAGGAGGAAGAAGGGGGGGAGGAGGAGGAAGAGGGGGAGGAGGAGGAAGAGGGGGAGGAAGAAGGGGAGGAGGAGGAAGAGGGUGAGGAAGAGGAAGGGGAGGAGGAAGAAGGGGAGGAGGAGGAAGAGGAAGGGGAGGAGGAAGAGGGGGAGGAAGAGGAAGGGGAGGAGGAAGAGGGUGAGGAAGAGGAAGGGGAGGAGGAAGAGGGUGAGGAAGAGGAAGGGGAGGAGGAAGAGGGUGAGGAAGAGGAAGGGGAAGGGGAGGAGGAGGAAGGGGAAGGGGAGGAGGAGGAAGAGGAAGGGGGGGAGGAGGAGGAAGAGGGUGAGGAAGAGGAAGGGGAGGAGGAGGAAGAGGGUGAGGAAGAAGGGGAGGAGGAGGAAGAGGGUGAGGAAGAAGGGGAGGAGGAGGAAGAGGGGGAGGAGGAGGAAGAGGGUGAGGAAGAAGGGGAGGAGGAGGAAGAGGGUGAGGAAGAAGGGGAGGAGGAGGAGGGUGAGGAAGAAGGGGAGGAGGAGGAGGGUGAGGAAGAAGGGGAGGAGGAGGAGGGUGAGGAAGAAGGGGAGGGGGAGGAGGAGGGUGAGGAAGAAGGGGAGGGGGAGGAGGAGGGUGAGGAAGAAGGGGAGGAGGGUGAGGAAGAAGGGGAGGAGGGUGAGGAAGAAGGGGAGGAGGAGGAAGAAGGGGAGGAGGAGGAGGAAGAGGGUGAAGAAGAAGGGGAGGAGGAGGGCGAGGAAGAGGAGGGGGAAGAAGAUAAAGAUAAGAGAGAAGUAAAACGAACAGAGAAGCGAUUACAAAAGAGAAAAGAAGAGAAGCAAAACAAAGAGAAUAAGAAAAAGUCUACAUCAAAGAACUCCUCAAAAGAAAAGUCACACCCAAUUAAAAAUAUGAACAAACCUGAGAUAUGCGAAACGAAAAGUUUGAACAAUGAAGAAUCCGAUGAGUUAAAAAAAAAUAAAGAAUUGGAUAAUACAGUUGAAUUUUGGGAAUAUAUAUUGCCACAAUAUUUGAAUUUGAAGUAA